AUGGCAAAUCAGCCUUCAAGGUCCAUAAGUUUACCUUCCCGGGAACACCCUUGUUCUGUCAGAAUAGAAGCCUUGUUAAACCACCUCAAAACAUUCCAAUCUUCACCAAUAUCAGUUGUUCCUUAUGAAUUUGAAACCAUUCAAGCUAGCCUGGUUGGCUUAGCAGAGUUGUAUAGCUGUGUGGAGGAACUCAUCGCCUCUCCGAGCACCCAACAAGCUCUCUUGCCCUCCACCAAACAUGGCAAAGUGGUGGAACAAGCCUUGGAGGGUUCAAUCACAUUGCUUGACACAUGCAACAUAGCAAGGGACAUAAUGCUAACCAUGAAAGAACAAGUUCAGACACUUCAAUCAGCUUUGCGCCGAAAAGGCAGAGAUUCAAGCAUUGAAACUAGUAUCCACACUUAUCUUUGCUUCAGAAAGAAGGCAAAGAAAGACAUUGCCAAAUGCCUAGGAGGGUUGAAGAGAAUGGAAACCAAAGCCACUGCCUCACAACAACAACAACAACAACAAGGCUUAGUAGAACUAUCUAUGGUUGAGAAAACUCUAAGAGAAACAAGCUCCAUCACCAUCUCCAUUUUCAGGCUUCUUCUCAAGUUCAUUAUGGCUAUGCCAACAACACCAAGUGCCAUGGCCAGUGGUUGGUCACUGAUUUCCAAGAUGGUGAGAAUGAAAUCAUUGUCAUAUGAGAAAGAAGAGACCAAUACUGUGAAUUUGGUGGAAGGUGUUGAUGUUUGCCUUCAUUCUCUUAUGGGAAACAUACAAAGCAAUGGAUUGGAAAUGAGUCAGAGGAUGCUGCAGGCUCUGGAUUCUAGCAGUGAAGGCAUUUUGGCUGGAUUGAAUAGCAUGUUUAGAUGUUUGGUCCAAAAUAGAGUGUCUUUACUUAACAUCAUCACUCAAUAA